GAAUCAGAUUAGACACAAUCAAGAUCAGGACCGUGAAGCAUGAUUGGGGAGACAAUGACUACAAAUUUCUCUAAUUAUCAUCACAAUGUAAAUUUGAUUCAUCAAGAAUAGUUGAAAUAAAGUGUUCAGCAUUUGUUCGUGUUCCUUGAAGCUUGUGGUGAUUAAACGACCAGUAUUUUUACUUGAGAUAACCGUCUUAACCAGUUUACAUCAACCAUGAGCAAAUUAAAAGAAUCCAUUGAGUUAAUCAAAUUGCUACGAAUUGACUUUUACAUGGCUCUUUUCAUGUUUGGUUAUGGAGUUUAUCAAGUUCCGAUUGUUGAAUUCGUCCAAGACAAAAUUUGCCUAAACCAACUUGGGAAAGACACCGAGUCUUGUCGGAGUUUAAAUUCAGGUGAUGUUGCAUUGGCAGACCUUCAAAGUCAAGUAAUAACUGCAGCCACCUCAAUGCGCAAUUAUCAGACACUGGUCAGUACGAUUCCAGGAGUAAUUCAAUCAUUUUUCUUUGGUUACUGGAUCGACAAAUAUCCUUCUCAUAUUCGUCUACUUUUGGUCGCUCCUUGCGUCGGCAUGUUCAUCCAAUCGACCAGUUUGAUUUACCAAUGUAUAAAUUUUAAGAUUCCAAUUGAAAACUCACUUUGGUCCUUUUUGGCCAUGGGUCUUGGUGGUGGUCAAUCUCUGGCUUUAGCAGCUUCUUUCACUUAUGCUGCAAAGAAAACACCUCAAAAGUAUCGAUCAAUUAGAUUUGCGAUUGUUGAUCUCUUUAUAUUCACAGCUUUUCCUCUCGGUGUAGCUGCUGGGGGUAAAAUACUGGCUGCAAAACCAUGGUUUGGUGGCGAAGAGCGUAACUUUACCGGCGUCUUUACAGCAAGUGCUAUCUCUAUGAUCAUUGGCAUCAUCUGGGCGAUUGUAUUCAUCAAUGAUUCUGGACCUAGAGAGAGGAAACCUUCAGCGGAGGCCAAUGGCACAAAUGGAAACCCGUCUUCUCCUGCUUCAGAGGCUGCUACUUCAAUGACUGAAAUUGAUCUAACGGACAAUGGACCACAAACAAGUGCAAAGGAAACAAAACAAACAGCUUGGGCUAUUGCUGCUGAUAUAUUUAAUUUGGCUAAUGUUUAUAAAACAUUUAAGACAUUUUUCCGAAAACGAGACAAUAAUGAUCGACUCAAAGUGGUACUGUUGUCAUUUUCCGUGCUCAUAGUUUUCGUUAGUCUUUUAGGUGAAUCAAUGUUUGGUUUUCAAUACACUGAGAAGGAGUUUCUUUGGAACUCUGAAAAAUAUUCAGAAAUUGCUGCUUUAGUUACAAUUGCUCAAUCUCUUGGAACUGUAAUUGGAUCAACAUUAUUGAAAAACGUGGCUAAACUUGAAGAUGCUGAAGUUGCUGCUCUUGGAACCCUUUCACAUUUUCUUGGAAACCUUAUCAGAGGUAUUCCAACGGUGACUACUUACAUUGCUGGCUCGCUAACAUUUUGUCUGGCUGGUAUCGCUAUUCCCGCAACUCGAUCAGUGUUAACUCAAAUCAUUGAUUUCAAUGAGAUUGGUCAAAUUUUAGCAAUCAUAGCUUGCUUCCAGGCAGUCGGUCCAUUGGUAGCCAGUGUUAUAACAACCGCAGUGUUUGAAGCAACUAUUGAUUCAGCUCCUUCUACUGCUUAUCAUGUUUUAUCUGCUCUUGUUAUUCCACCUUUGAUUGUUCAAGUAUGGGUCAGCUGUAUUAAGGAAAGCAAAGAAAAGAAGCCAACUCCAGAAGUUAAAUUCAUAAGAAAAUCUGAUAUAGUCAGAAUUGAAGAGCCAAGUAGACCUCAGGACACAGAAAAAUUUUAGGGUUUUUAAAGUCUUUUUAAGUCACAAUUUCACUUCAUCUUUCACUAUAUUUCGCAUUGUUUACACACAUUUUAUACAUUUUAUAUCAGUCAUAUGAUCAGACACUUUUGUUUACUAAAAGAUAACCAAUCACAUAAAGCUUAGUGCAAAAGGGUUUGGGAAAAUUCAUUUAAUUAUGAAUUACGACGAUUUGACUGUAUCAGGAUUUUGAGCUCAAACACAAAUCGAUAACUCACUUUGAAUCGUUAAUUUGAAUAGAAAUUUUCAAGUCAACAUUUAUUUAUCAGUUAACUGCCAUAUUUUAGACUAUCAACAUUGAAAAAAUAAUAAAGUCAUAAAAGUCAUAAAUGAAGUUCAAAUUUUCAUGGACUGAAUCAUGAAUAUCCAACAGUGGAAGUAAGAUGUAUUAAUUAAGAUAAUAGUAAUUAAACGGGUCUAAUUAAUCUUCAGCAAAUAAACUAUGAAACUAAAUUAUGAUCGUCGAGUGAUCUUUUCAUUUCGAAGCUAAAUUUCUGAAUGUUCCCAAUACUUGUAAGCUUCAAUUAAACUGUUUUGUAAUUUCGAAUGUUUUUGAUGAAAAUAAAAGGAUAAGACUAGAUUACUAACCAUUUA